AUGGCACGUGCCUUUGGACUCCCUUUUCUGUUUGCCGCCUUCUUGAAGUUGAUUCACGACAUUUGUCAGUUCAUCGGACCGAUUAUGUUACGCCAAAUGAUUGCUUUUCUCAACGAUAAGGAUGCAGAGAUUUCGGAUGGAUACAUGUAUUGUGCGAUCUUGUUUUUCUCUGCCCUCCUUCAAAGUCUCUGCCUUCGAAACUACUUCUACCUCUGCUUCCGAACUGGACUCCGUCUUCGUUCAAGCUGCGUGACGAUGGUGUACAACAAAUCUCUGCGUCUCAGCGCCGCCUCUCGCGCGCUGUACAACCAAGGCGAGAUCAUGAAUCUGAUGGAAGUGGAUAGUCAGAAGUUCCAGGACAUCACUUCGUAUCUCCAAACGAUUUGGUCGGGUCCCUUCCAGAUCGUGGGAUCCGUGAUUCUCCUCUGGCUGCAGCUUCAAUGGGCCACGAUCGGAGGCGUCGUCGUGAUUCUCCUGAUGAUCCCGUUCUCUCGCUUGAUCUCCACAAAGCUCGCGUCCAUUCAGCAAGAACUCAUGAAAGUGAAGGACAAGCGAAUCAACACGACCACCGAAGCCCUCGAAGGCGUCAAACUCAUCAAGCUGCAAGCCUGGGAGCGAUCCUUUUUGGAACGCAUCUCAGGUAUUCGCAACGUCGAGAUCUCGGUGCUUCGCCAAUUCGUGAAAUGGCAGAUGAUUUCAUCGGCGGCUUGGGACGCGACGCCCUAUCUCGUCUCGAUCGUCACCUUCUCGAUCUAUGUGCUGACGGGCCACACGCUCACCACAGAGAUCGCUUUCACCUCCAUCUCGCUAUUCAACAUUCUUCGAUUCCCGCUGAGCAUGUUCCCUGACGUUGUUUUUCUCCUCUCCAUUCACUCACAGACCAUCAACAAUUUGUCCGAGUCCUCCGUCUCGCUCGCUCGCGUCCAAGGCUUCUUGCUCGCCGAGGAAAUCGAUGUCCCUUCCCGCGACAACCGCGCAUCCACGGGAAUCUCGCUCUCCGACGGGCGUUUCCUUUGGAAGACGCCGCUUUCGCAAGACAAAAUGGAGAUGAAGAUGGGCUGUUGCGGCGUCAAGGCGUCCAGCAACCCCGCCCAGUCCCUCAUGAAGGCGACCGACACGCCGCAGGACGCUGCCGAGCAGAGCCAGCCGUUCGAACUGACAGGAAUUAACGUGUCCUUCGAGUCCAAUCAGCUCUCUGCGAUUGUCGGUCACGUGGGCUGCGGAAAAUCGUCGCUGUUGAACGCGAUUCUGGGCGAAAUGCCGAGGGUCGACGAGUCCAGGGAUCUGAAUUCGAUGGUCCACAUCAAAGGAAGCAUUGGCUAUGUGCCGCAGACGCCCUUCAUCAUGAACGCAUCGCUUCGCGAUAACAUUCUCUUCGGCUCUCCGUUCAACGAGGAAAAAUACAAAAAAGUUCUGGAAGCUUGCUCUCUGCUCCCCGAUAUCGCGAUUCUCCCCGCGGGAGACAUGACCGAAAUCGGAGAAAAGGGAAUCAACCUCUCCGGAGGGCAGAAAACGCGCAUUUCGCUGGCUCGCGCCGUGUACCAGAACUGCGAUAUAUACCUUCUGGACGAUCCGCUUUCCGCCGUCGACGCGCACGUGGGUCGACACAUUUUCCGGCACUGCAUCAAGGGAUUGCUGGCGAACAAGUGCGUGGUUCUGGUCACCCACGCGUUGGAGUUCUUGCCGGCGUGCGACCAAGUGAUUGUGCUCGAAAAGGGAGCCAUCGCCGAUCAGGGAACCUUCGAGAAGGUGAGUCAGGCCACGUCGGGCGUGCUGGCGGGAUUGCUGCAAGCGCAGAAGGAGGCGCAGGCGCAGCAGGCGCAGGAGGAGUCGCCGAUCUCGCCGAUCUCGCCCGUGGAGAAGAAGGAGGAAGAGUUCGAUGGUGCGAAGGAGGAGGAGGAAGAAGAAAUAGCGAAAGAAACCAAAGAAGAAGAAAAAGAGAAGAAGGAAGCGACUAGUGUUGACGUGACAGUAGAAAGCGAUGCGAAGAAGGGCGAAUUGACCGUCGAGGAAACGCGCGUGAAAGGCAAGGUGAAGCGAUCUGUGUAUUGGAUGUACUUCGCGGCUGCUGGCGGCACCUGCAUCAUCUCCGUGAUCUUGCUGCUGUUCAUUCUCGCACAAGUGGUGCGCGCGAUCAACAACUGGUGGCUGACUUACUGGUCCAACGAUUCGGCAGGCAAGGACGCGAAGUGGUACUUGGUCAUUUACAUCAUUCUCGGCGUUCUCACGGUCGUCGUCGCCAUUAUCGCUCAUCUCGUUCUGUUCUUCACCGGAUUGAAGGCCAGCUCGCGACUGCACGACGGACUCAUCAAGGGAAUUCUCUCUUCUCCGAUGUCCUUCUUUGACCAAACCCCGAUCGGUCGAAUCACAAAUCGAAUCAGCAAGGAUCUCUACACGGUCGACAAAACGAUCCCGCUCGUUUUCGAUCAGUUCCUUGGUUGCUUGUUCUCCGUUCUGUCCACGCUGGUGAUCAUCACGAUGGCCUUCCCUCUUUUCCUGGUCAUUCUAGUGCUCAUCAGCUUCUACUACGUCUACGAAGGCUGCUAUUACAUCAAGAGCAGUCGCGAGAUCAAGCGACUGGACUCCAUUUCCCGCUCUCCCAUCUACGCCAAUUUCGGAGAAACGCUCGACGGCACGUCCGUGAUCCGCGCGUACCAAGCCGAGCAGCAAUUCAUUCAGAAGAACUACGAUCUUCUCGACCUCAACCAGCGUGCCUACUUCAUCAUCUCUUCUUCCAACUGCUGGCUGGGCAUUCGUCUCGAGUUCGCCGGAACCAUCAUCAUCGGCGCCACCGCGCUGUUCUCCGUCCUCCGGAAAUCAUCCGCGACCGACCUUUUCAUCUCCAUGGCCGCGCUGGCGAUCAGCUACUCGCUCGACACCACGCAGGACCUCAACUGGGUCGUCCGCAUGGUGACCGACAUGGAGACGCAGAUCGUAUCCGUGGAGCGCAUCGAGGAAUACACCGAGCUUCCCUCCGAAGCCCCAGCCCACAUUCCCGACACGCAGCCCAGCGAAUCGUGGCCCUCCAAGGGCGAUAUCGCCAUCAACGGAAUCGUGAUGCGCUAUCGGCCCGAGCUGGAGCCCGUCAUCAAAGAGCUCAGCGUGCACAUUCUCCCCGGCGAGAAGGUCGGCGUGGUGGGCCGAACGGGCGCGGGGAAGAGUUCCCUCGUGCUCUGCCUGAUGCGAAUCAUCGAGCUGGAGCGAGGCUCCAUCGAGAUCGACGGCGUGGACAUCAGCAAGAUCGGCCUGGAGGAUCUCCGAUCGAAGAUCGCGAUCAUUCCGCAGGAACCGCUGCUCUUCUCCGGGACGAUCCGCGAUAAUUUGGAUCCGUUCAAUCACUACACGGACGAGGAAAUCUGGUCCGCCCUCCAGCGAGCCUCGCUCCACGAUCUCAUCGCUCAGGACCCUGCGGGGCUCGAGAAGACCGUGGAGGAGCACGGAACGAACUACUCGGUGGGUCAGCGGCAGCUGCUGUGUGUGGCGCGCGCGCUGCUUCGGAAAUCGAAGGUGAUUCUGAUGGACGAAGCGACCGCCUCGAUCGAUCUGGAGACCGAUAUGAAGAUCCAGAAGACGAUUCGGGAGGAGUUUUCGGAGAGCACGGUGAUCACGAUCGCGCAUCGAAUCCAUACGAUUAUUGAUAGCGAUAAGGUGAUGGUGAUGGAGAUGGGACAGCUGAGGGAGUUUGAUAAGCCGUCGGUGUUGUUGAGCGAUAAAAAUAGUAUGUUUAGCCAGCUUGUGGAGAAAUCGAAAGAGAUCGAAUAG